UUCAGCUUUAAAAAAUUCAAACACUGGCACGUCCCUUAACAGGAAACUAUUUUUUGUUUGUCUGGAAUAAAAUUAUUUUCACUACGUUCCUUUGAGAUAUCAGCUGAAUGAGAAAAAAUGCAGUUGAAUAGCCACUAUGACAAAGACAGUUCUACCUGAAAGAUGCUGCAAAAGUGCUAGCUUGAAUACUGUCCGAAGACUCUAUGAACAAUGCACUCGUACUCCAAUACUACUGAUAAAAUACUUUUCCAACCCAAACCUGUCGUAGUAGAUACUGUCCUCCUGGUAUUCGGCAUCCCCAUCUUCUUAGCCAACCUCCUAGGAGUUAUAGUUGUGUGGCAAAGUACCAAGUUGCCAUUCCAGAUUCGGUUAUUAACUUUAAAUCUGGCAUAUUCAGAUGGAGGGAUUGGGUUUUUUAUGCUCUUUCCACGUGAAUGGUUGUAUAAGGAGUGCAAUAUUCGCAAAUACUUGUUGGAGCUUUUUGGAACAUCAACAUUUCUCACCAUUACUGCUUUCAACGUAGACAGAUGCCUGGCAAUCUUCUAUGCCAUUCAAUAUGCAUUGUUUAUCACAAAGUCCAAAAUUUUCAUCUUGUGCACCAUUGUUUGGAUUUUUAGUUUGUGUAAUGUAUAUUUGUUGUAUUCAAAUGAAGAAAUGGAAACACUAGGAUUCUCCUGUGAGGAGGCAUUUGAAGGGAAUCUCAGAACAACCAAUAUAAUUGGUCAUCUAAUCCGUCUUGUCAUAAUUUUAAUAAAUAUCAUCAUCAUGAUAGUGUUAUGUGUGUACCUGAAAAACAAUAUGAAACGGAUGUCCUAUCCUUCUUUGUCCCAUCACAAACUAAGAUACUGGGACUAUCAAGCCGCGAAUUCUGUGAAGAAGAUCCUGGUUAUCACGAUUGUUUUUAUUACACUGUACACACCGUACAUGAUUUGCCAGUUAUUUGUGUCCUCUCACAUUGAGAUUCGGAGUGAAUAUACAAUCAAGGCAUUAUCUGCGCUUGUCUCGAUCCUGAACAGCUUUGUUAAUCCCUUCUUGUAUGUGUUCCGUUUCACAGAGUGUCGCUUCCAGCUAAAGUUGCUCUUUUGUCACUGUAAUAAGUCGGUGAUUGAAUUGACACAGAAGGAACGCAAGCAGAGUUUUGCAAGUUACACCAUUAACGACAGAAUGAAAUCAAGGCUACAUAUUCUUCACACAAAAGCCUUACAGAAUACUCCUCAUGAAAUCUCCGAGUGACUCGGAUCAAAAUGAAAAUUUGUGAAUUAUCAUAUACACAUGUAUGUGUUCCAAUAAAUGCAUAUUGUUUAUAC